AUGAGCUACGGCCAAGCACUUGAUGCCAACCCGUUCGCGGACAGCGGGUUUGGCCAGCAGUCCAACGCCUCGGCGUUCAGUCUCGAGUCCACCGGCCCGGGACCGAGCGGCGGUGUUGAGAACAUUCAGUCCUAUGUUGCCGACCAUGACCGCCGGGCACGCGAGCUCGAGCAGAAGCAGCGCGAACUUGAGGAGCGCGAGCGGAAUCUCCAGCAGAGGGAGCAGGAGGCUGCCCAGUACCGCGCCAACUGGCCGCCUUUCAUGCCGCUGGUCGUGCACUCGCUCGAGUUCGUUCCGACGGAGCACCAGAAGCACGCGAAGCUCAUGUACUACUAUUGGCUCGAGCUCUUCGCUACCCUCAUCUUCAACUUCCUCGGAUGCCUGUUCCUCCUGACAUCCGGCGAGAAUGGCGGAAUUGCCGGCCUGUCGGCUUCGCUCGGUUUCCUCGUGUUCAUUUCGAUCUUCUCGUUCGUGCUCUGGUACUACCCCAUCUACAACGGCUGGCGGAGAGUGAACAAGCGCGGCGCCGCGAUCCUGUUCUACACGUACUUCAUCUUUGGCGGCUUCCACCUCCUGUACUGCCUUUACAUGACGAUCGGCGCGCCCUACACGGGUUCUGCCGGCCUCUACAACACAAUCGCGAGCUUCGUCGACGGCAAGAUCCUGCCCGGAAUCUUCGGCAUCAUCACCUCGAUCGGGUGGAUCAUCCAGCUUGUCGGUGGUCUCGUGCUCUGGAAGCUCGUGUGGAACUUCAAGCGCAACAACGCCGACAUCAACUUUGCCAACGCCAAGUCCGAGUUCAACGGCCUCAGUGCCAUCUUCAAGAUCUUCCGUCGCACCCAGACUGCGAGCAACGUUUAA